GACAUUUUCGUAAUGUUGUGGUCGUCGAAAUGCCAUUUUCUUUGGAUUUUGAAGGCUACAGAUCACGGAUUCAGCCUGAGACUAUUCUUCAACGAUGAUUAAGUCCAUUAAGCACCGAUUUGGAGGAUUUAUUCCGGGUCAAUUUUUCUAGAUUGCAAAGGGGUACCAUCACAGAUUUUGGUCGAUUUUUCCGAAAUGCCAUUUUCUUUCGAUUCUGGAUGCUACAGAUCACGAAAUCUGGCCGAGGCUAUUCUCCACCGAUAAUGAAGUCUAUUGAUCCUAUUCUCCACGGAUGAUAAGUCCAUCAAACACCGAUUUGGGCCAAUUUAUUUUCGAAUGGCAUUUUCGUAAUUUUGUGGGCGUCGAAAUGCCAUUUUCUUUGGAUUUUGAAGGCUAUAGAUCACGGUUCGGCCUGAGACUAUUCUUCAACGAUGACUAAGUCCAUUUAGCACCGAUUUGGGCGGAUUUAUUCCGGGGCAAUUUUUGGCAGAUUGCAAAGGGGUACCAUCACAGAUUUUUGUCGAUUUUUCCGAAAUGCCAUUUUCUUUCGAUUCUGGAGGCUACAGAUCACGAAAUCAGGCCGAGGCUAUUCCCCACCGAUAAUGAAGUCUAUUGAUCCUAUUCUCCACGGGUGAUAACUCCAUUAAACACCAAUUUGGGCCAAUUUAUUUUCGGAUGACAUUUUCGUAAUGUUGUGGUCGUCGAAAUGCCAUUUUCUUUGGAUUUUGAAGGCUACAGAUCAUGGAUUCAGCCUGAGACUAUUCUUCAACGAUGAUUAAGUCCAUUAAGCACCGAUUUUGGCGGAUUUAUUCCGGGUCAAUUUUUGAAGAUUGCAAAGGGGGUACCAUCACAGAUUUUGGUCGAUUUUUCCGAAAUGCCAUUUUCUUUCUAUUCUGGAAGCUACAAAUCACGAAAUCAGGCCGAGGCUAUUCUCCACCGAUAAUGAAGUCUAUUGAUCCUCUUCUCCACGGAUGAUAAGUCCAUUAAUCACCGAUUUGGGCCAAUUUAUUUUCGGAUGACAUUUUCAUAAUUUUGUGGGCGUCGAAAUGCCAUUUUCUUUGGAUUUUGAAGGGUACAGAUCACGGAUUCGGCCUGAGACUAUUCUUCAACGAUGAAUAAGUCCAUUAAGCUCCGAUUUGGGCGGAUUUAUUCCGGGUCAAUUUUUGGCAGAUUGCAAAGUGGUACCAUCACAAAUUUUGGGGGUUUUUCCGAAAUGCCAUUUUCUUCGAUUCUGGAGGCUACAGAUCACGAAAUUAGGCCGAGGCUAUUCUCCACCGAUAAUGAAGUCUAUUGAACCUAUUCUCAACGGAUGAUAAGUCCAUUAAACACCAAUUUGGGCCAAUUUAUUUUCGGAUGACAUUUUCGUAAUGUUGUGGUCGUCGAAAUGCCAUUUUCUUUGGAUUUUGAAGGCUACAGAUCAUGGAUUCAGCCUGAGACUAUUCUUCAACGAUGACUAAGUCCAUUAAGCACCGAUUUGGGCGGAUUUAUUCCAGGUCAAUUUUUGGCAGAUUGCAAAGUGGUACCAUUACAGAUUUUAGGCAAUUUUUCCGAAAUGCCAUUUUCUUUUGAUUCUGAAGGAUACAGAUCACGAAAUCAGGCCGAGGCUAUUCUCCACCGAUAAUGAAGUCUAUUGAUCCUAUUCUCCACGGAUGAUAAGUCUAUUAAACACGGAUUUGGGCCACUUUAUUUUCGGAUGGCAUUUUCGUAAUUUUGUGGCCGUCGAAAUGCCAUUUUCUUUGGAUUUUGAAGGCUACAGAUCACGGAUUCGGCCUGAGACUAUUCUUCAACGAUGACUAAGUACAUUAAGCACCGAUUUGGGCGGAUUUAUUCCGGGUCAAUUUUUGGCAAAUUGAAAAGGGGUACCAUCACAGAUUUUGGACGAUUUUUCCGAAAUGCCAUUUUCUUUCGAUUCUGGAUGCUACAGAUCACGAAAUCAGGCCGAGGCUAUUCUCCACCGAUAAUGAAGUCUAUUGAUCCUAUUCUCCACGGAUGAUAAGUCCAUCAAACACCGAUUUGGGCCAAUUUAUUUUCGAAUGGCAUUUUCGUAAUUUUGUGGGCGUCGAAAUGCCAUUUUCAUUGGAUUUUGAAGGCUACAGAUCACGGAUUCGGCCUGAGACUAUUCUUCAAUGAUGACUAAGUCCAUUAAGCACCAAUUAUGGCGGAUUUAUUCCGGGUCAAUUUUUGGCAGAUUGCAAAGUGGUACCAUCACAGAUUUUGGGCGAUUUUUCCGAAAUGCCAUUUUCUUUCGAUUCUGGAGGCUACAGAUCAUGAAAUCAGGCCGAGGCUAUUCUCCACCGAUAAUAAAGUCUAUUGAUCCUAUUCUCCACGAAUGAUAAGUCUAUUAAACACCAAUUUGUGCCAAUUUACUUUCGGAUGGCAUUUUCGUAAUUUUGUGUGCGUCGAAAUGCCAUUUUCUUUGGAUUUUGAAGGCUACAGAUCACGGAUUCGGCCUGAGACUAUUCUUCAACGAUGACUAAGUCCAUUAAGCACCGAUUUGGGCGGAUUUAUUUCGCGUCAAUUUUUGGCAGAUUGCAAAGGGGUACCAUCACAGAUUUUGGGCGAUUUUUCGGAAAUGUCAUUUUCUUUCGAUUCUGGAGACUACAGAUCACGAAAUCAGGCCGAGGCUAUUCUCCACCGAUAAUGAAGUCUAUUGAUCCUAUUCUCCACGGAUGAUAAGCCCAUUAAACACUGAUUUGUGCCAAUUUAUUUUCGGAUGGCAUUUUCGUAAUUUUGUGGGAAUCGAAAUGCCAUUUUCUUUGGAUUUUGAAGGAUACAGAUCAUGAAUUCGCCCUGAGACUAUUCUUCAACGAUGACUAAGUCCAUUAAGCACCGAUUUGGGUGGAUUAAUUCCGGGUCAAUUUUUGGCAGAUUGCAUAGGGGUACCAUCACAGAUUUUUGGCGAUUUUUCCGAAAUGCCAUUUUCUUUCGAUUCUGGAGGCUACAGAUCACGAAAUCAGGCCGAGGCUAUUCUCCAUCGAUAAUGAAGUCUAUUGAUCCUAUUCUCCACGAAUGAUAAGUCCAUUAAGCACCGAUUUGGGCCAAUUUAUUUUCGGAUGACAUUUUCGUAAUUUUGUGGGAUUUGAAAUGCCAUUUUCUUUGGAUUUUGAAGGCUACAGAUCACGGAUUCAGCCUGAGACUAUUCUUCAACGAUGACUAAGUCCAUUAAGCACCGAUUUGAGCGGAUUUAUUCCGGGUCAAUUUUUGGCAGAUUGCACAGGGUUACCAUCACAGAUUUUGGGCGAUUUUUCCGAAAUGCCAUUUUCUUUCGAUUCCGGAGGCUACAGAUCAUGAAAUCAGGCCGAGGCUAUUCUCCACCGAUAAUGAAGUCUAUUGAUUCUAUUCUCCAUGGUAUAAGUCCAUUAAACACCGAUUUGGGCCAAUUUAUUUUCGGAUGGCAUUUUCGUAAUUUUGUGUGCGUCGAAAUGCCAUUUUCUUUGGAUUUUGAAGGCUACCGAUCAUGGAUUCGGCCUGAGACUAUUCUUCAACGAUGACUAAGUCCAUUAAAACACGAUUUUGGAUAAGAACCGCUGUUGUCGUAUCCCUAGAAAAUGGUGGUAAACACGGACUCACUUGCCAAACUAGUUUGGAUUGAGAUUUUUAUCUGGUAUCAGGGAACCAUGUAAUUAUAAAUUAGACUUGAUCAAAACGGGCCAAAACUUGAAAUUCAUCCGGUUUGAGCGACUCAUGCCAAAUUCUAAUUAUUCUUUACUUUUAAAUUUCUAUUUGAAAAUAAAAAAUAGUGAAAGAAAAGAGAUGACUGCAAUUCGCCAUUUGCACAUCACUUAUUUGGGAAUAAAACCAUAGAAAUUCAAAUGGAACUGAAAAUGUUUAGGAUCAUUUUAAUGUUUAAAAUAACCAAAUAGAUCUUUAUGUUUAGUUUUUUACUAACAAAUACCAAACGAUUCCCUAUAAAAUACACUAUAAUUUGAUCAUUAUGAUAUCAAAUAAUUAUAUAAUAUUUAUUUGAAAUGAUUAAAAUUAGACUAAUUGG